AGCUUUACCAUCACAGCACACGAGAGAAAAAACACACCAAACGAAGAGAUCGAUUUUGGGGGAAAGCGGCAGAGAAGAAGAUGAGAGUGGAGACUGGUAACAAGAUGGCGUUGAUCGCCGCGUUUCUGGGCUUCGUCUUCUUGGAAUACGGCUCUCUUCUGUGCAUGGCUCGAGGCAAUGUCCAGCACUACGAUUUCGUGCUGAAGGAAACCAACUUCACGAGGUUGUGUACGACCAAGAGCAUGCUGGUGGUGAACGAGAGCUGGCCGGGGCCGGUGAUCCGGGUUCACAAGGGCGACACCGUCUUCGUCACCGUCCACAACCACGGCACCUACGGCGUCACCAUCCACUGGCACGGAGUCAAGCAGCCUAGGAACCCUUGGCCCGACGGUCCUGAAAACAUUACACAGUGCCCCAUCCCUGCGGGAACGAGCUUCACUCAAGAACUUUCCUUUUCCGAUGAAGAAGGGACGCUCUGGUGGCAUGCCCAUAGCGACUGGUCACGUGCCACAGUCCACGGUGCCAUCCUCAUAUAUCCGAAACCCGGAACCACCUACCCUUACACUAAGCCAUACAAGGAAGAGCUAAUUAUUCUCGGUGAAUGGUAUAACGGAGAUGUGAUGGCCAUAAUUGACGAGGCACUCGAAACCGGCGGCGAUCCGAACAUAUCGGAUGCGUUCGCCAUCAAUGGUCAACCGGGAGAUCUAUAUGAUUGCUCUAAUGCAUCAACAUACCGCCUAUUGGUCGAUUAUGGUAAGACGUACCUUCUCCGCAUCAUCAAUGCGGCGAUGAACGAAGAAAUGUUCUUCGGCAUCGCGAAACACAACCUUACGGUGGUUGGAAUGGACGGAGCGUACCUAAAACCCAUCAAUACCGAUUACAUAAUGAUAACUCCCGGACAAACCAUGGAUGUUUUGGUCAUGGCGAAACAAUCUCCUAGCCAUUACUACAUUAUGGGAAGCCCUUUCGCAGAUACAACCGCUCCCUUCGACAACACUAGCACGACGGGGAUCUUUCAGUACAGUGGCAACUACACUCCGCCGUCAACCCCGUACUCUCCAUCUCUCCCGGCUUAUGAUGACAAGGAUGCCGCAGGCAAUUUCACGGUCCGUUUGAAGAGUUUAGCAAGCAAACAGCACCCCGUUAGUGUCCCGUUGAAAAUCACUGAGCGGAUCUUCAUGACAGUUUCCGUCAAUCAAAUAUAUUGCGCGAAUGAGUCGUGCUCUGGUCCGGACGGAAAUAGGCUAUCAGCCAGCUUGAACAACAUCAGUUUCGUGACUCCUACGAUUGACAUUUUACAAGCAUAUUACAGCCAGAUCCAUGGAGUGUAUAACAGUACUUUUCCGAGCAUACCGCCUUAUUUUUUCAACUUCACCGGCGAUGUGGGCAAUAAUACGAUAUACCCUAGCCAAGGGACGAAAGCGAAGAUGAUCAAAUAUGGGUCGGCUGUUGAAAUAAUUUACCAAGGGACCAACGUCGGUGCCGCGGAGAAUCAUCCGAUGCAUCUGCACGGCUACAGCUUCUACGUGGUAGGAAUGGGCAAUGGAAAUUUCGACAACAAGACUAGUCCAAAGACAUACAAUUUGCUCGAUCCACCCUUGGUCAACACAAUCGGACUUCCCAAGAAUGGUUGGACGACAAUCAGAUUCGUCGCAGAUAAUCCAGGGGUAUGGUUUAUGCACUGUCACUUGGAGCGACAUGCUAGCUGGGGCAUGGACACGGUUGUCAUCGUCACAGACGGUCCGGCUAAGACGAACAAAAUGCGCGAACCGCCGGCUUAUAUGCCUCCUUGUGCCAAGCCCUAAGGAAAAGAAGGAAUUUGCAACCUACUUUUGUGCUUGACCAAGCGUGCUUGAUCUUGAUUUUGAAUAAAAAGUCAACAUGACCAAAUGGAUUGUGAGCU